AUGGACGAGCACACCUUCAUCCUCAACCGGGAGCGCGCCGUGGAUUACCUGAACACCCUGGACCGCCUGUACGUGUUUGACGGCUUUGCCGGGUGGGACCCCGCCGCGCGCUUCAAGAUCCGGGUGGUGUGCGCGCGACCCUACCACGCCCUCUUCAUGAACAACAUGCUCAUCCGGCCCACAGAGGAGGAGCUGGCCGGCUUUGGGCAGCCAGACUUCACUAUCCUCAACGCCGGCGCCUUCCCCGCCAACCGCUUCACCUCCUUCAUGACCUCCCCCACCUCCAUCGACGUCAUCCUGGGCACCCAGUACGCCGGGGAGAUGAAGAAGGGCGUCUUCUCCCUCAUGAACUAUAUGCUGCCAAAGAUGGGCAUCCUCUCCCUGCACUCGGGCUGCAACGAGGGCAAGGACGGAGACGUCACGCUCUUCUUCGGGCUGUCAGGCACCGGCAAGACCACACUGUCCGCCGACCCGCGCCGCCCGCUCAUCGGCGACGACGAGCACGGGUGGAGCGACCGCGGCGUGUUCAACAUCGAGGGCGGCUGCUACGCCAAGGCCAUCGGCCUCAAGGAGGAGAGCGAGCCCGACAUCUACCGGGCCAUUCGCUUUGGCACCAUCCUGGAGAACGUGGUGUUUGAUGAGGACAGCCGCGUGGUGGAUUAUGAGGCUGGCGCCAUCACCGAAAACACGCGAGCCUCCUACCCAAUCGAGCACAUCGCGAACGCCAAGAUCCCGUGCGUGGGCGGCCACCCCCGCAACAUCAUCAUGCUUGCCUGCGACGCCUAUGGCGUGCUGCCGCCGGUGGCCAAGCUGACCAAGGAGCAGGCCAUGUACUACUUCAUCUCCGGCUACACCGCCAAGGUGGCGGGCACGGAGGAUGGGGUGACGGAGCCGGAGGCCACCUUCUCAGCCUGCUUCGGCUCCGCCUUCCUCAUGUGGCACCCGACCAAGUACGCCUCCAUGCUGGCUGAGCGCGUGGAGCAGCACGGCACCAACGUGUGGCUAGUGAACACGGGCUGGACGGGCGGCCCGUACGGCGUGGGGCGGCGCUUCAAGCUGCGCCACACCCGCGCGAUCGUGGACGCCAUCCACAGCGGCGAGCUGGCGGCGGCGCAGUACGACACGAUGCCCGUCUUCAACCUGCAGGUGCCCACCGUUGUGAGCGGCGUGCCUAGCGAGGCGCUGAUGCCGGUCAACAGCUGGGCCGACAAGGAGGCGUACCGGCGCAAGCUGGCGCACCUGGGGGCCCAGUUUGUCAAGAAUUUCAAGAAGUUUGAGGAUGGAGGCGGCCACGUCAGCGCUGACGAGGCACUUGCCAUUCUGGCGGCGGGGCCGAACCCGUGA